GAUCGCAUCGAGAGCUGUGUGAUAAAGAAACUGGAAACACUUUUGCUUGAGAGUUUCGUCGACGGAGAAAGAAACGAUGAGGGAGAGAUGAAGCGCGGUGGAAUCAGACGGAAGCGAUUGUUCGGGAGGAAGAUUCUAUUGGCCUCUUUGAUUUUCUUUAUCGGUUUCGUUUUGUUGUUGCUCACGCUCCGUUCAGUGGAUCCUAAUUCGCCCUUCGUAGAUGACGACGACGAAGACGCUGUAUCGGAAUCCGGCUCCGAUGAGGAGACUUCGGCGUGGAGCAAUUCUUCUUACGUCGGAGAAUCUAAGGUCGACGGUGGUAGGCUGUGCGCGACGGUAGAGGAGAUGGGAAGCGAGUUCGAUGGAGGUUUUGUUGAUCAAAGCCUCAGAGUUCGAGAUGUUAUCCGUCGCCAUUUUGACAUGAACGGCGCUUCAGCGAUUCGUGAGCUAGCUCCGGAGCAAUUUUGCCGACAUGGAUACGUUCUUGGGAAAACAGCAGAAGCAGGUUUCGGAAAUGAAAUGUACAAGAUCUUGACUUCGGCAGCGUUGAGCAUAAUGUUGAACAGAUCCUUGAUCAUUGGCCAGACCAGGGGGAAAUAUCCCUUCGGUGAUUACAUUGCUUACUCCAACGCUACAUUUACAAUGAGUGAAGUGAAACAUCUGUGGCGACAAAAAGGCUGCGUGAAGAAAUACGGAAGACGGCUUGUAAUGAGAAUGGAUGAUUUUGAGAAGCCGGCCAAGAGUAACGUCUUGUGCAGCAAUUGGAAGAAAUGGGAAGAACCUAUUAUAUGGUUUCAAGGCACAACAGACGCUGUGGCGGCUCAGUUUUUCCUCAAGAAUGUGCAUCCAGAGAUGAGAGCUGCUGCUUCUGACCUAUUUGGAGAGCAAGGAAACUCAGCACCACGAGCCAAUGUGUUUGGAGAGUUGAUGAUGAGUCUCGUAUCUCCCACGAAAGAUGUGAAAGAUGCAGUGGACUGGGUUCUACGAGAGACUGGAGAUCCUGACAUUUCACUACACAUGAGAAUGCUGAUGAGCAAAUCUGUUAGACCUCUGCGUGCAGCGAUAAACUGCCUAGGGAAAGCAAUUAACAGACUUGGCAUGCCGAAACCGAGAGUGGUCAUAGUGUCUGAUACUCCUUCUGUAGUGAAAGCUAUUGGACCAAAUAUCAGCACAAUCGCUGAGGUUCUGCAUUUUGACUAUAAGCUUUUCCGAGGGGAUAUCGCUCAACGUGGCCGUGGAUUACCAAUGUUAGAUUUCAGAAUCAAGGAUUGGGGUCCCGCACCGAGAUGGGUUGCAUUUGUAGAUUUCUUCCUCGCGUGCCGUGCAAAACACGUUGUGAUCUCAGGUGCUCACAGACGAGUCGGUACUACAUAUGCUCAGUUGGUUGCUGCACUAGCCGCCGCAAACAGUCUCAAGGAAGGUUCGAGCAACUCGAGCUUUGCGUUCCUGAGUAGUUUUCAGAGCAAUCUUUUAGCAGAUGGUCUGAAGAACCAGGUGGGCUGGGGACAUGUCUGGAACCGGUACGCUGGUCCAUUGAGCUGUCCAAAACAGCCAAACCAAUGCGCCUUCACGCCGCUAGCUCCUCCCGGUUGGUGGGACGGUUUAUGGCAGUCGCCAAUACCACGGGACGCUCGUAGGCUUGCAGCUUACGGCAUUGAUCUUUCCGGGAUUGGUACGGUUAACGAAGACCUGUUCCAUGCCUUAUGUAGCUCCAAGAAAGAGUACUUAAACACUGUAACAAUCGUUUAGUGACUCGUUGAAAUUCUUUUUU